AGAACAUCUAAGAUACUGGGAAGGAGCUUCGAGGUUCAAGAGAUAAUCUGGUUCAAGAUCAGCGCUCUAGAGCCAUGGAUCACAUGUCGUUGAGGAGAAACUCAAAAGUGAAUGCAUCGUACUGCAAGUAUGUCAUGAGCUACUAUGAGUUCAUACCGGCAGGCGACACAGAAGUGUUCAAGCCCUUGGCGGCUGAUCCGGUUCCGAACAAAGGAAUAGGCUACGUCAAGAACAAUCUCCUCUACACCUCAAGGGACAAAACAAAAGUUUACGGGCACGUUGGUGGGUUGUACUUCUACCAUACAGAGGACGUGAUCGAGGAUGUGGUGACAAUUACCUUCUCCGAAGGCUUGGUCCGACCGUGGGGAGGCAGCUCGAUCAGCCUGCGAGGCUCGUGGUUCAUGACUCCAGACGGUCAAGCUGAUCUUGACAAACAGGAACUGGGCAUCGUGGGUGGACAGGGCCAAUUCAGAGGCGCCACGGGUUUUGUCAAGUACGAGAAAGUGCAGAAAGAUCCGCAAACCGUGUUCCAUGUCACUUGCCACAUCUAUGUUCCUGACUUCGUCGGCCGCGAUCACGAAGUUGAGAUCAACCUCAACGAGCUGCUCGAAGCUGAUGCCAAACCAAACGGCUUUCACGGCCAUGGUCACGAUCAGGGUCACGGUCAUGGUCAUAAUCAUGGUCACGGCCAUGAUCGAAGAGAGUAGGGCGACUGCCUGAAGGUCUCAUGGCUGCUGGAAGUCCGAUUCACUUUCAUUCUGCCGUUUCGCGACGAUAAUCUCGCGGUUCUGUGAUGCAGAUACGACAAGCAUGGAGUUGUUUUCCCGGACGAAGUUUGUGAGCUUUAUCAGUCGGUAUAUAAUCUUUUUCAGUAGGAUUAGAUUCUGUUUAGUCGGGCAAGCAUAUGUAGUUCCGGAAGUUAGUAUAGAACUCAUACAAGGCUUGCAUAUCUUCUUAGGCUCAUUUGAUGUCAUCUGCUUCUCCAUAUUUUUGGCUCGAUGCAACAACGCGAGAAACAGAGGUUCAGGGUUUGACGUCUGAACUUACUUUUUGGCUAGAUUUGACAUUGGACGUCUUUUAGUGAUCUUCGAUAAAUUUUUUGAUAACGUACGCCGUUAUCAUGACAUCUGAUCCUUGUGACACAAAUUCUAUUUAAAAAAUUGUGCCUCAAGUCUCGUAGUGAUCAUAAUCUAUCAUGUCCUAUUACAUAUUGUUGUUGAUUACUUAAUCAAAAAAUCUUUCUAAAAUCAAUAAUAUCACGGCUACAGAUAUUUUAUACUCUGUGA